UUUACACCCUUGCUGAAUCAUCUGGGAAACAAGGCAUCUGACAGCUCAUUGGAUGAUCUUCGAUGGACGACGGUGACGUCAGCAACCACAAGCCUACUAAAGAACCGACACGACGAUGGGCACAGCAGAGGGCACGGCACUUGUCAAGCUGGCAGGAUGGCUAAACCACCGCUCCUACCUUUGCAGGCAUGGCCGUGGAUUAUUGCCGUGAUUUCUUCGAGCAACGUACACGAGCAGUUUACACCCUUGCUGAAUCAUCUGGGAAACAAGGCAUCUGACAGCUCAUUGGAUGAUCUUCGAUGGACGACGGUGACGUCAGCAACCACAAGCCUACUAAAGAACCGACACGACGAUGGGCACAGCAGAGGGCACGGCACUUGUCAAGCUGGCAGGAUGGCUAAACCACCGCUCCUACCUUUGCAGGCAUGGCCGUGGAUUAUUGCCGUGAUUUCUUCGAGCAACGUACACGAGCAGUUUACACCCUUGCUGAAUCAUCUGGGAAACAAGGCAUCUGACAGCUCAUUGGAUGAUCUUCGAUGGACGACGGUGACGUCAGCAACCACAAGCCUACUAAAGAACCGACACGACGAUGGGCACAGCAGAGGGCACGGCACUUGUCAAGCUGGCAGGAUGGCUAAACCACCGCUCCUACCUUUGCAGGUUGGUGUACAAACGUAUGCAGUUUGUUGCAAAAGCGACAAGAGAUUCUUGAUUGUAGUGCCGUGCCCUCGUAUGUGUUGGUCUAUUGUGGUGGACUGUUGGUCGACAUUAUUGCUAUUGUUAACUUCAGGGGAUGUAGAGGAAAACCCGGGCCCGAAGACGGCUGAAUUGUUACAACAAAUUUUGGAUAAUCAGAAGGAAUCUGAUGACAAGAUGAACACGAUUAGAAAAGAAGUCGCUGAACUUAAUAUGAAGACUGAAAGAAUGAACAGGCAUCUCAUGGCCAUGCAGGAAAUGCAAAUGAAAAUUGAGAGACUAGAAAACAUAGUCCAACAACAAGCUGAACGACUAGUGGAUUAUGAAAAUAGAAGCAGAAGAAAUAAUCUGCUAAUUUUUGGUGUUCCCGAGGCCAGAACUGAGACGGAAACAGAUCUGCGGAAAGUUGUCGUAGAUAACAUUGUCAGAAGCUUGUUGGGGGUAGAAACUAAAUCGAUAGAAAGAAUUCAUCGCAUUGGUAAACAAAGCGAAGGCCGGGUAAGACCAGUCAUUAUGAAGUUCAUGGAUUAUCGCGAAAAAGAGAAAGUAAUGCGCAACUGUAAAAAACUAAAGGGCACUUCUUUCAGUAUCAAUAAUGACUACUCAAAAGAGACCGUUGAUCUCAGAAAGAAAUUAUGGGAAAGUAGUGCGCCGGACCGAGCUAAGGGGGCACGGGUAUCACUCGUGUAUGAUAAACUAAAGAUAAAUGGACGCAUGUUUGUUUGGGAUCAAGAGAAAAAUGAACGGCGUCUGUAUAAAAGCCGGAGUGACAAGAUCGAUAAAGACGUAACAACUCCAACAGCAAGUGCGCAUGACCGGCAUGAAUCCUUUGACUCGGAUAGUUCUGCCAGGAGUUCAAGAAAACCGCCCCACUCAUAG